AUGAGCUCACAUUUAACUUGUUUUCUUGAAAUUGACUCACAAUCAGAUUUCACAAUACAUAAUUUGCCCUACGGUAUUUUUAGUGAAACACCCCAAGGCACAAAACGAGUGGGUGUUGCCAUUGGAGAUUGGGUCAUAGACCUUGCCCACUUAGAGGCACAUGGACUAUUAACGAUCAAUGGACAUCAAGAUUGUUUUAAUCAAGCGACUCUGAAUAAAUUUAUAGAAACGGGUAAACACAACUGGCAAAAGGUUCGUACGGCAUUACAAAGUCUACUCUCUGCUGAAAAUCCAACACUUCGUGAUGAUGUGGUUUUACGCCAAAACGCAUUGUUUAAGCAAAAUACAGUCACUUUACACUUACCUAUUCAAGUCUCUGGCUAUACAGAUUUCUACUCGUCCAAAGAACAUGCUACCAAUGUCGGAACCAUGUUUAGAGAUCCAAAGAAUGCAUUGCUUCCAAACUGGAGCGAACUUCCUGUGGGAUAUAAUGGUCGUGCCAGCUCUGUGAUUGUCAGUGGCAAAGAUAUUGUUCGCCCUUCUGGCCAAAUCAAAUUACCAGAUCAAGAACGCCCUGUUUUCUCUGCAACACGUAAACUCGAUUUUGAAUUAGAAACUGCCUUUAUCGUUGGUAAAGCAACUGAAUUGGGUGAGCCUAUCGCCAUUACAGAUGCUUGGGAGCAUAUUUUUGGUAUGGUCUUACUCAAUGACUGGUCGGCACGUGAUAUUCAACAAUGGGAAUACGUACCAUUAGGUCCGUUUAACGCCAAGACUUUUGCAAGUGCAAUUUCACCUUGGGUAGUGACCAUGCAAGCGCUGGAACCAUUUAAAGUCAAAGGCCCAGAACAACAGCCUAAACCACUUUGCUAUUUAGAAGAAAAUAUUGCUAACAGCUAUGAUAUUCAUCUCAGUAUUGAAGUUCAAAGCCCUCAAUCAGCACAAGCUGAUGUAAUUUGCCAGACCAACUUUAAAUAUAUGUAUUGGUCAAUGGCACAGCAACUCACCCACCACACGAUUGCCGGUUGCAAUGUCCAAGUCGGUGACUUGAUGGGUUCAGGCACAAUUUCAGGCCCUACAGAAGAUGCUUAUGGUAGUUUGCUUGAACUGACAUGGAAUACCACCAAACCGCUAACCCUCUCGAAUGGCGAAAAACGUGGUUUCUUACAAGAUGGUGACCGUGUUGUGAUGAAAGGCUAUUGUGAAAAAGCAGGGAUCCGAGUGGGCUUUGGUGAGGUUGCCAAUAGCAUUUUGCCAGCUCGCCACUCUGCAGCUUAUCGGGUUCGAAUUGCACUGAACCUCAAACAACUGAGUUAUGAAAUACAGCCCGUGCAUUUGGUCAAGAAUGAGCAACUGCUAGAGCGUUACCAAGCACUUAAUCCAAGUCAGUGUGUUCCAACUUUAGUGGAUGAAGAUCAAAGCUUUUUACAGUCACUCAGUAUUUUGGAAUAUCUGGAAGAACGUUAUCCAGCAAUUUCAUUGUUGCCUGACAAUAUCGUCACGCGCUGUAAAGUACGUGCUUUUGCACAAGCGAUCGCCUGCGAUAUUCAUCCGUUAAAUAAUUUAAGAGUCUUAAAGUAUUUACAAAAUGAUCUCAGUCUCAGUGACGAGCAAAAAAAACACUGGUACCAACACUGGAUCAUAGCGGGCUUUAACAGCUUAGAAGCCCAACUACAAGAUUCAAAUGGGCAAUUCUGUUUUGGUACACAACCGACAUUUGCAGACUGUUGUUUGAUUCCUCAAGUCUAUAACGCCAAACGCUUUAAAAUUGAUUUAAGCGCUUUUGCAAAGAUUGAGUCGAUUAGUCAACACUGUUUAACCCUUCCUGCCUUCUUCAAUGCAGCCCCAGAACAACAACCAGAUUGGGAAUAA